CUUUUCAACUGUCAGCUUUUAACAGCAGUGAUAAUAGGAGGAGUUGGGAGGGAGGAAAGGGAGUGAGUUACUCAACUUCUUCCCUGUUUUAUCUCCCCACGAUGUGGAAGAGCGCAGGCAAAGAGGUUGGUUUAGCAGACGCAGACAGGUCGGACUUGAGUAGUGUGGAGUUCCUGGGCGUUUUGAUCGGAUAGGGUGGAGUCCCAACGGGAGAAAGGAAUGUAAUACACAGACGAGCCGAGGAACACUAGUGGCAGUACCGCGGAAGGGAUAUACGGCCAUACACCGCGGUUCUAGCAAAAAAAGACAAGGUAGUCUACAGGUUGAUGCCCACUUGAGGGUUUGAGUCCCUUCCCCCUAACCCCGACCCCAUCAUGGCCCACCGGUCCCAGAGUUCGGACAUCGGGGACAACCCCCUGGACCCUAACUUCCUGCCCCCCCACUACAGAGAAGAAUACCGUCUCGCCAUUGAUGCUCUGGUGGAGACAGACCUACAGGGCUACUAUGAAUUUAUUCAGAAAGCAGAUGUGGUCAGCUUUCUCUGUCAACCGGAAAUCGAACACAUCAAGACCACGAUCCAGACACCCAACCAGGCCCCGACCUCGAACGUACCGGAGCUGCCCUAUCAUGAGGCAGACGCCGACGGCUCGUCUGACACCUACUGGCCGAUGCACUCUGACACAGCAGCCCCGGGGUUGGACCUGGGCUGGCCCCUCCAGGCGCACAGCUUUAUCGGCCCCACCGAGGUCACGACCCUGGUCAACCCCAGCGAGCCCGACAUGCCAAGCAUCAAGGAGCAGGCCAGACGACUCAUCAAGAAUGCACAGCACGUCAUCGCUGUGGUGAUGGACAUGUUUACAGACGUGGAUCUGUUUUCUGACUUGCUGGAUGCUGCGGCGCGUCAAGUCCCCGUAUACAUUCUAUUGGACGAACAGAAUGCCCAUCACUUCGUCUCCAUGGUGAUCAACUGUAAGGUCAACUUGGACCUUGUCCACAUGAUGCGUGUGCGGACGGUGGCGGGAGUGACCUAUUUCUGUCGGACAGGGAAGUCAUUUAAAGGACAGGUGAAAAACCGCUUUCUAUUGGCUGACUGCAGGGCCGUGCUCAGUGGAAACUACAGUUUCAUGUGGUCCUAUGAGAAGCUACAUCGCUGCAUCGCUCAUCUCUUCCUGGGAGAACUGGUCACCACCUUUGACGAGGAGUUCCGCAUCCUGUUCGCUCAAUCACAGCCCCUCACUGUUGACCACGCCCUAGUGCCUUUCUCCUCUGACAGCAGCAGCAGCAGUUACUAUGGUAACCAGUUUGGCUUGAAGCGGACCCAGUCCCUGCGAAACCCUCUGGGUUUCCAACGACACACCCCCGAACUUCCGGCCUACCCUUUCGGAGGAGGAGAUUCCGAGCGUUCUGCGUUCCGAAGAGAUGACAUGUUCCGACAUACCAUAGACCCAGGAGGACUGAAUCUUGGGAAGUUUGCAGUGUCACAGCAGUUCAGGAUGCAGCAGAGCCGCUCCAUGGUCUCCAGGCAGAUGGAGAUAAGCGCCAGUGACUAUAAGAGGCACAGCUACACAGAGGGAACCCAGGAGAGCUACUCCUCGUCCAGACAGUACAUGAAGCACAGAGUUAUGAACAACCUGAAUGAGACCGAGCAGCACUACCACAGGGAGCAGAGCCAGUCCAGCCACUACUACCAGGGUGGUGAGGGACCUGGGUUAGGACCUGGGUCGGGGCUAGAAGGACCUGGCUCAGGCCAUGGACACUACGACAGGCUGAGGAACAGACCAGCACUGGACCAGUACUCUGACUCAGGCUACCCCUAUGAGGAACCUCCUGGUCCAGAGGGCUACGGCAGAGACUACUUCUCCUCUGAGGACCUGAAACAUGACCCUGGACAUCCACCAGCAGGGGGCAGGUACGGAGGUGGCAGUGGCCACAAGAGGCCGACGGUGGGCCAGCCCUAUGCCUGCCUGUCGUCCCCCACCCAUCCGCACCCCCCAGAGAAGCAGGUGUUCCCCAUCCCAGCGGACGCAGACCACGACCAGGACCCCAACGUCAGACAGGGCCUCCGCAGCUGGAGGAUCAACUCCUACCUCAGCGCCUACGGGGACACAGGAGAGGAGGGGCUGCUCCAACCUCUGGGCCCUGAUGCUUUCCAAGACCCUGAGUCUGAUGGGAAAUCGUAUGCCCAUGAGGCAAGAGAGCCUCCGAAUGUCCCUUCCAAGCCUAGACCGGAUAUCCGACCGCUGCACUACAGCAAGCCCUUCAUGCCUGAGAGCAUGGGGAAGGACAGGGCUGACCGAUGGACCACAGAGUGGGAGAAAGAGAGAGAGAAAGAGCGGGCGGUGGGGGGGAGGGAAGUGGGGGCAGACGUGGAGAUGCCGUCGUCGAGGGAGGCUCCGGGGGAGGUCUCGAUCUCCACACACGAGACGGUCCGGAUGCGGGUCAACCCGAUGCUCCAGAGGAGUUCCCGGCUGCGCUCCUCCCUCAUCUUUUCCUCCUCCAAGACGGAGACCCACAUGGGAGGCCUGGGCAUGAAGGUGGCCAACGAGGAGGACGAGAAUUCCGACUCGCUCCGCACCACUUCCAUCGUCCAACAGAUCCUGGAGAAGCGACGCUCCUUGACCCGGGAACCCUUUGAGUGGAGGAAGAAGGCAGAGGAGAACGAGAGAGAGGAGAAAGAAGAGAAGGAGAAAGAGAAAGAAAAGAAAGAGGCUUGGUUGAAAGAGCAGGCUGAGCCAAAGAAAGAGCCCCCCAAAGUAACCUCAGCCAGCAGAGAGGUGUCUAAGAACUCCCUGGCCGAGGUGGACACCACGAAAGACACCCCAGCAUCUGCAGAUCCCCCCAAACCCCAGUCAUUUAACAUGAACAACCCUUCCAAUAGACUGCAGUACUUCAUGGAGCUGGCUGCUAAGAGGAACGCAUCUAAAGAGGCUGUGAUAAAAGAACCUCCUCAGAAGAAACCAGACCUUCCAGACACUCCUUCUUCCAGCACGACCGCCAUCACCUCGGUCCCCAAAGUCCCCUCAUUUCUCGUGACUGCUCCAGAGCCUGCCCCAAAGAAACCACAAGUCGCAGCCACACCAGAGCUAAAAUGUAAACCUCAAACCUCAAGUUUCAAAAUCUCAGAGCCUGCCGCUUCUACCACAGCACAGAGAAAAGACAGCAGCUCGGAGUCACAGAGGAAAGAGCUCGGUAAGAUUCUAAAGCCAUUCCCUUCUCCGAAGAUCUUCAAGAGGGACACUCUGAAGCCGUUCAAGAGCUCCAACCCACGCCACGUCUCCUGUGAUGAGGAAAUGCUAACAACGGACGCCACAGACGCGGAGAAAAGCGAGCUGAAGAAGUCUCGCUCCAAAAGCUCGUCCAGUAUGUCACAGACCGAGUCUAAGGAGGGGCUCCACAAGAACCUGGGCUCCAACACCUCCCUCAACACCCUGGGAGGGGAGGGAAAGGCCGACACUAAGCCCCUAGACUUCCUCAAGAAGCAGACCCAAAGACUCAAAGGUUUACUGGGACCCAAGGACAAGAAGAGCUCCGGUGGUGCGACAUCGGCAUCCAACGGAGACGAAAAGACCAUGAGAACUGUGCCGGAAAGCUCAGAGGAGCCUGUGAUCGCCGCUAAAAACCUGAGCUCCUCCGCCGACGCUAAAGCCACAGACUAUGCCACCUCCGCAGCCAAUCACAAAGCUGCGUCCAAAACAACAGGUCUGUCUCGGUACCAGAGCUCCAGUGGCUCAGUUCUGUUCAGUAGCAACCUGAGAGACGACACCAAGGUCAUCCUGGAACAGAUCUCUGCCAACAGCCAGAAGAACCGUCUGGAGCGAGGAGGAGGAGAGGAGGCUGGAGGGGAGAAGGACGUAGACGUAGCAGGGGAGAAAGGAGGGCUGGAGAGGGAGCCAACGCUUAAAAAGAACCGCUUCCAGAGGCCCCAGACCAACCCUCAGGAGAGAGAUAGCCUCCUGAAGAGGAUCGAGAGCAUGAGGAAGGACAAGAAGGUCUACAGCCGCUUUGAGAUGGGGAAUAACCUGGGAUAACUAAAGAUGGCUGAGGAACACAUUGACUGGAAGCUGAGUGUGUGUGUGGAGGACGUGCAAACACACACCAACAUGCACACACACAUCGUUCACAUUCAGCAAUAUAUGUGCCAAACACAUCAUCAGAAGACCAGAGAGAGAGGGAGAACACACUGAACACAAGAACAGCAGAUACCUCCUGUGACUUCAGACUGCAGUCUUCGCGGAUGAUCAGACGAUACUGUACUAAACCUUUAAAAGACUGACUAUGAAACAUGAGAUGAAACAGUACCCAUAUUAGGCAAACGUUGUCUGGUUGGUUUUUGCCUUAUAUGGACUUCAUGGGACAACUUUUCACCGAUUCACCACAAUCCUUUGUCCACGCCUAGAGUGAGAGAGAGCGUAUGUGUGAGAGAAAGUGUGUUGUGUGUGCAUGUUUUACUGCAAGAAAGCAACUGAACACAUGCCCAGCCAUCAAACAUGCCUGUACAGAACAGCACACUCCCUGUGCCAGUCGUAUGUAUGUGUCUGUGUGUGUGGAAACUGGUAAUGCUGAAAGUAUGUCUGGGUUUACACUGUGCCAACAGAGUGCCACGUCUCGUCGAACCCAGAGAACUAUUAUUAACCAGUCUCCACACUAAAGACAGCAGAGAGGGAGAGAGAGAAAAUGAUAGAGGGAGAGAGGAAAAAUACAGAUUAACCCAGCUAGCACAUUUGGUUCCUUGGAAGUUGUGGGAAUGUACGUUUUUUGUUUUCCAUUGGUUCUCAGAACAAAGCUAUACGUUUCCUGACUGGUAAAACAGAACAUCUUUUAAACAUUCUGAGAACGGAAGUGAACAUUUUGCCUGUUCUGAGAACAUUUUUAAGUUGCAGGGAGGUUCUGAGGACGUUUUACUCUGCAUCCUUGAAGGUUUUUAAGUUGCAGGGAGGUUCUGAGGACGUUUUACUGUGCUUCCUUGAAGGUUUUUAAGUUGCAGGGAGGUUCUGAGGACAUUUUACUGCGGUUCCCUGAAGGUUUUCUUGGGAGGUUUUAUUAAUGUUUUGCGAACGGAAAUGAUUAAUUAUUUGAAGGUAAUUAAAUAACGUUCUGAGAACAUGUUUCAAUCAUGCAAACACAUGUAUUUUUUCAUUGUGGUAUGGCGUCAGUGAGAUUCAAACCUAUGAUCUUAUGUUCUCUAGCCAUGAGGUUUAAAAUACUUUUGUUGAUGCUGAAUGUAUACGUUUUUAAAUAACAUUCUUAGAAUGAUCUUUGAAAGCUAUUAAUGUUUUCUUGUGUUUUUUUAUGGAAAGUUUUCUUAAUGUUCUUAGAGCAUGACUUUAAAUAUAACAAUGAGGAAACCUGCAGAAAACGUUAUGCUGAGGUACUGAAAUUCCCACAGAAGAUUGUUGUUUCUUUAUGUUCUCUGAACAUUAUGAAAACAUUACUUUAAAUAGAACCAUGAGGAAACCUGCAGAAAACUUUACACUUAAGCACUGAAAUUCCACCUAAGAAACAUAUGGUUCUCAGAACCUUAUGUGCUAGCUGGGUAUCCUGCACCAUUCCAAGAACUUUGUUUGAAGUUUGAAUGCAAAAUAACCAUAGGACAACCACACUCUCACCAAGCUCUAAGAAACAUAUUGUUCUCAGAAUUUUAUGUGCUAGCUAGGAAAGGAGAUGGAAAGAGAUGGACCAACAGGGUAAGAUAAUUAGAUACUGUGUAUAUGGCUUGCAGGUCUUUACAAUUUUGUAUUUAUUAAUUAAAUCACCAGUACCUUAGAAGACAAAUUGAGAUUGAGACUGCUUCGUUGCAGCCCUGUGUGGAUGCAGGUACCUUGGAAACGUAGUGAGUUGGAUAGGGUCUGAGUGAUUUUUCCACCACAAAACCUUCACCUAUCCGGUCAAGUCAGGUCAGACAUCUUUGAUGAAGAAACCUAGGGAACAAGGUAGGAAGGAUGCAUUUCUAAAAUGUUGUAUUUUAUACAAGAGUAUAAAAACUUUCA